AUGACAGGCCUGCGCCCCUCCAAGUUCUUUUGGUCGCUCGUAGAGCGACCCCCUGUCGCGGUCCCCGAGAUGCUCCAACGUGCCAGUCAGUUCAUCGCCGCGGAGACUUGGAUGUCUGGAAGGCGGGAGGAACACAAAAAGGUCAAGACAGAACCGCCCCGACAGCAACAACCCGCCGCCUCCCGGCGAAAGUUGGACAGACCCGACCCGAGGCCUCCUCUUCCCGCCUUGAAUUCGUCCCGGACUGAAAUAUUUCUACACGAAAAGGGGAAGGGACUGCUCAAGGACCCUCGCCCGAUGAGGAACCCGCCGGAGCUCGUGGACCGAUCAAGAUAUUGUCGAUUUCAUCGGCAGCACGGGCACAACACUGAGCAAUGCUACGAGCUGAAGAGGCAAAUCGAGGAGCUUAUCCUCAGAGGUCACCUUGGCCGGUACCUCCGGCCGAACAAAGAGCAGUCGCCUCGCCCAGAAGGUCCCGUCGAGCAGCACAUCGAUGUGAUAGCCGGGGGCCCCGCAUCAGGGGGAGGUUCCAUGUCGGGCAGGAAGGCGUAUGCCCGAGCCGCGCCUGACGAAGCCUCGGGGCACGAGCCGGAGCCCGAGAUCACCUUCCCAACCGGAGCUACUGAGCGACCCGACCACGACGACGCUUUGGUAAUAUCAGCCAGGGUAGCCAACGCACAGAUGAGGAGGAUCAUGGUUGACACGGGGAGCUCGGCCGACGUACUCUACUUCGACGCCUUUCAAAAGCUGGGCUUGGUCAGGGAGAAUCUGAGCCCGAUGUGCUCGGCGCUCACCGGUUUCACGGGAGAUUCAAUAUCACCCCUGGGGGCCAUUACUUUGCCCCUGACUUUGGGGACCCCACCGAAGUCAAAGACUGUGAUGGCCACUUUUCUGGUGGUUGACCUUCCUACCGCCUACAAUGCCAUACUCGGUCGGCCGACCCUCAACAAGGUUAGAGCGGUCGUCUCGACCUACUACCAGACCAUUAAAUUCCCAACUCACGCUGGAGUCGGGGAAGCUACGGGAAGCCCCCGAGAAUCCAGGCGGUGCUACCUUACCGCCGUAUCAUUGGGCAAGAGAGCCAGGACCAAAUCGCCCCUGGAAGAUCCGCGGGAAAAGAAGAAAUUGACUCCCCAUCCCGAGCCGACGGGGUCCACCGUUGACAUUCCUUUGCAAGAAGCUCGGUCGGACCAGACCGUGAAGAUCGGAUCGGAACUACCAGAGCGGGAACGAGAGCAGCUCGUCGGUCUCCUACGGGAAAAUGCCGACGUCUUCGCAUGGUCCCCAUCGGACAUGACGGGCGUCGACCCUGAGGUCGCAGAGCACCAUCUCAACAUCCCACCUGACGCCCGCCCGGUGAAACAAAAGGCCCGGCGCCAGGCCCCUGAUCGACAACGUGCGAUACAAGAGGAGGUGGACCGGCUCCUGGCCGCGGGCUUCAUAGAAGAAGCCAAAUAUCCUCAGUGGCUGUCCAAUAUCGACCAGCUGGUCGACGCAACAGCCGGUCACGUGCGACUCUCUUUCAUGGAUGCCUACUCAGGGUAUAACCAGAUCAGGAUGGCACCCGGCGACAGAGAGCACACAGCCUUCCUCACCGAUCGAGGCGUGUACUUCUACAAAGUCAUGCCGUUCGGGUUAAAAAAUGCCGGGGCCACAUACCAGAGGACGGUAAACAAGAUGUUCGCCCAUCAAAUCGGAAGGAACAUGGAAGUCUACGUGGACGACAUGAUCGUGAAGAGCCAGGAGGCCGGAGCACACCUCGCCGACCUAGCCGAGGCCUUCUCCACGCUACGCAAGUUCGGCAUGCGGCUCAACCCCGCGAAGUGCGCCUUCGGCGUCCCCUCCGGGAAGUUCCUUGGAUUCAUUGUGCACGAGAGAGGAAUCGAUGCCAACCCGGAGAAGGUUCAAGCGAUAAUCAAUAUGCAGUCUCCCCGGAUGGUCAAAGACCUACAGCGACUUAACGGGAGACUUGUCGCCCUGUCUCGCUUCCUCGCCCGAUUGGGCGAUCGCUGCCUCCCGUUCUUCAAAGCGCUCAAAAGCCCGAAGAACUUCCAGUGGACAUCAGAAUGCGAGGAGGCUUUCAAACAAAUGAAACAGCACUUGGCCAGCCUUCCCCGGCUCGCCUCCGUCUCUCCGGGCGAGAGGCUGGGCCUCUACUUGGCGGCUUCCCAGCAUGCGGUCAGCUUUGUCCUGGUCAAGGAAAGCUCCGGCCAACAACUCCCGAUCUACUACGUCAGCCACGUCCUGAGUGGACCUGAGGAGCGUUACCCGCCGAUAGAGAAGCUCGCGCUCGCCCUAGUGCUCUCAGCUCGGAAGUUGCGCCCCUACUUCCAAGAACACCCGGUGGAGGUCGUCACCGACCAACCCCUUCAACAGGGCGCAGGCACAGGGCUGGUCCUCCUCGCCCCUGACGGACGCUCGUUCGAGCGAUCCCUUCGCUUCGGGUUCAAAGCCACCAACAACGAGGCGGAGUACGAGGCACUCUUAGCGGGACUAAGGCUGGCCCUCGAAAUGCAGGUGGCCGUGAUACGCGUCCUCAUCGACUCACAACUUGUGGCCGAGCAGCUCAAUGGCGGAUACAGAGCUCGGGACGCGACCAUGGCGAAAUACCUGGCACGGAAAAACGAACGAGCCGACGUCCUAGCUAAGCUGGUGUCAAAACCGACCUCCAAGGCACGGCCAGAGGUUGAGGAGCUCCCUGCUCGCGCCAUUGAAGUGGCGACUACGGCCUCAGGCAACGCCCCGAUCACGUGGGUGCAGGAGCUACUACGCUUCAAGCGGGACGGAACCCUUCCCCUCGAUGAAGCCGCGGCUCGGCGCCUGCGUCGCACACACGUAUGGUACACCGAGGAGAGCGGCCGACUUUACAAACGGUCCUUCACCUAUCCCCUCCUGCGAUGCUUGGAGCCUGACGAAGCCCAGGCGGUCCUAGCCGAAACCCACGAAAGGGUUUGCGGCGAGCACAUCGGCGGGCGAACCUUGGCGCACAAAAUACUUCGCCAAGGCUACUACUAG